UCGCAACUUCAACCCGCACGCUGUCGUCAAUGAAACUCAGAGUCUAAGAGAGCAAUUUCAACGACCACCAUCCCCCCAAAUAACGUCAAAACUCUACUCUGUAAGUGGAGUUUGAAUAAAUACCAGCGGUCGUGGCUGGCGUGUGCCCGGUCGCAACCUCGGGAGCGUUUCGUCAUCCUUUGGAUUUUGGAGACAAAACCAUGUCGAGGUAGCAGUCGGCAGGGGAGACGCACCGCAGAAAUGUCGUUUGCAAGCACGCCAGUGACACGCACUCUGGUGCUGGGGUUAGUUGGAUCCUCGAUUGCGGCCAGUUUGCUCGACAUCAAGCACUACUUUUACAUCUCAGUCGGCACGCACAUACUGCAGUACGGCCAGACGUGGCGGGCGUUAAUAUGGCAACUGUGCUAUACUAACUCGUCCGAGGUGCUCUUUGCCGCCAUGACUCUGUACAACUUGCGGGUCGUGGAGCAGCAGUGGGGAUCGAGGAAAUACGCGUCGUUUAUCCUGGUAUCAGGGCUUCUCACGUCCAUCAUCCCGCCUGUCAUCUUAACCACCAUUCUACGGCCCCUGAGCUGGGGAAUCUUUGACUUCUUGCCGGCCGGCCCGACACCUAUCAUCUUUGCUGUUCUGGCCCAGUAUCAUGCCAUGGUCCCCCACAUCUACCAGUACAAGGUCGCGCUCUCCACGCGGGCCCCAAGCAACAACGACGAAGACUCCGGAGUGACGUUUUCGGACAAGUCGACGAAGUACUUGUUGGCGCUCCAGCUGGCGCUGUUCCAAUGGCCAGGCUCGCUCCUUGGGGCCGGAAUUGGGUGGUUGGUGGGACAGGCUUGGCGCAGUGAGUUGCUGCCGGGCGCCUUGACACGGUGGCGUGUGCCGGGAUGGGUUGUGGGGUUGAGGACUCCGAAGAGCAGCGAGAGGUUUGAAGGGAUGAGGAGGAGGCUUGAGAGUGAAGGAGCGUCGUCUGGGGCUGCUUCGGGGGCGCAGCAACAGGCCGGGGUUGACGGCAAUAGGAGGAGAACCAUGGCCCAGCAGCUUCUCGAUGAAGCCCGCGGCGCGUUCUGAGAGCAAGCCCAGCACAGUUGUGGUGGCCAGCUAUUGGGGUUUCGGGUCAAGUUUCUGUUGGAGAUUUAUGUUUGACCUUACGAAAUUGACCGGCAACACCAUGUAAUGUCCAAAGGGACAUCAUGCAACGAAUUGCAGGGCAAAUCACAUCAUAUGCGGACGGUGCAGCGGGGUAGGGAGUAAACUUGAACAAUUCUUUUAUUAGAA